AUGGGAUUCAAAACUCUCUGUUUGGGGCUGUUUUGUGUUAGCUUUUUAUCAUAUAUUUAUACACCUAUACCUGACAACAUUGAAGAAACUUGGAAAGUAAUGGCCUUGGAUGCAGUUGCUAAAGCUUGUACACUUAUGGCUCUGAGUCUUGAAAAUGUAGGUGUUAUGAGAUAUGAAGAGUUUAUUUCCAUGAUUAUCAGUCUGGACUAUACACAACCCCUUUCAGAUGAACACGUCACAGUGACGGAUACAGCCUUUGUCAACAUCCCGGUGCGUCUGUACUUACCCAAGAGGAAGUCGGAAGCCCCAAGACGGGCAGUGAUCUAUUUUCAUGGCGGGGGUUUUUGUUUCGGAAGUUUCAAGCAGAGGGCUUUUGACUUCCUGAAUAGAUGGACUGCAAACAAACUUGAUGCCGUUGUUGUGGGAAUGGACUACAGGCUAGCUCCUCGGCAUCACUUCCCUGCACAGUUUGAAGACGGCAUCACGGCAGUCAAGUAUUUUCUUCAGGACAAAAUUCUUAGAAAAUAUGGAGUAGAUCCUACCCGAGUUGCUAUUUCGGGAGACAGUUCUGGGGGCACCCUGGCAGCAGCUGUGACUCAGCAGGUGCAGAUUGAUCCUGAAGUGAAGCAUAAACUCAAGUUGCAGGCCUUACUUUAUCCUGGCUUACAGGUGAUUGACACUUCUUUGCCAUCGCAUCGAGACAACGAACAUGGUAUAGUUCUGACAAGAGACAUAGCCAUAAAGCUCGUGAGUCUGUUUUUCACUAAGGACGAGGCACUUCCACGGGCCAUGAGAAAAAACCAGCACAUGCCUCUGGAGUCCAGGCAUCUUUUCAGGUUUGUGAACUGGACCACUCUUCUUCCUGACAAGUACAGAAAGGACCAUGAGUACACUGAGCCUGUACUUGGGAAAUCUGCUUACUCUCUGCCAGCGCUGAUGGACCCCAGAGCACUGCCCCUAUUAGCCGAUGAUACCCGUUUACAGCACUUGCCACGAACAUACAUCCUCACCUGUCAAUAUGAUGUCCUGAGAGAUGAUGGAAUUAUGUAUGUUUCAAGACUUCAGAACGUCGGAGUUCCAGUUUUCCAUGACCAUGUUGAGGAUGGAAUCCAUGGAGCCCUAUCAUACAUGACAUCACCACUCUACUUACAACUAGGACUGAGGAUAAAGGAUAUGUAUGUUAGUUGGAUGGACAAGAAUUUAUAA